CUCAGCAACGCGAUCAAGCGGGCUGCACAAGACAUUGGGGCCGAUCCGACGCGUUUCGGUACGCAUUCAAUGAGAAGCGGCGGAGCCACAGCAAUGUUUACCGCCGGCGUCGACCGUCUCGCCAUCCAGCUCUUCGGCAGAUGGACCUCGGAUGCGUUCGAGCGAUACACAAGAAUGAACGACACGGUCGCCAACUCACUGGCCCGAGACAUG